UCUCCAGAUAAAUAUAUAUCUUUGUUACUUAUUUUUUUUUAGUAAUCAGAUGCAAAAGUACUAGUAAGUAAAGUUUGAAAAUAAAUGUCGUGGAGAACAAUAUUUCCCUCUGAAAGGUAGUGAAGUAGAAGUAUAGAGAAGCAUUAAAUAGAAAUAGUCAAGUGAAGUACAAGAACCUGAAAUUUGUACUUGUGCAGCACAGUGCUUAAAUACGUGUAUGUCGUUACUUCUUGCUACUGCAAGUUUUUCCACUAAUGGAUCUUGAUUUAACUUGGAAAGAGAACCAGAGCACACAGCAGCAUUUUACUACCAAAUAUCCUUGAAACAACAUCAACAUGAACAUGGGGCAGACAGACUGGCUAGACUGGAUACUUUCGGUGAAUUAAUAAGUAAUUGUAACCUUUCCAAAAGAUUCCUUUCACAAAAUAAUUGUUAAAGUGAAGUUUUCUCAGUUGUCAUAAGACAUGUUACUCUCUCUAUUACCCAAUCGAAACUUUAUCUUUUAUUAAUGUAACUGUAUUUAGAAAGUAUUGCAUCAGUCACGUCAUUUCACUUCCCUACAGAGAUACAUGCAUAAUGCUGUCCAAAAAUGAAGCAGAUUUUCAAAAAUGUCUACAGAGCAUUUUUGGGAAAAGGUCUAAAUAUUUUGUGAAUUUAUUUAGAUAAAAUGGACUGAAACCUUUAGAGUGAUUAGCCAAAUGUUCAGGAAAAACAGGAGUGGAGUUCUAUUAAUAGAAUUUUCUUUCAUUUUUACACUGAAACCUGUUUGACAGCACUUUGAACCCAAGUGUGCCGUGUGAACCGAGAGCUGCCUUCCUAAAUCCUCCCAUGUAAUUUCUUUUUUGCCUUUAUUGCAAAACCCGAAGCCAUGAAGCUGCAUUGUUUCCUGCACACUAAAUGAUCAAAAUUUUAACAAAAAGUCCGUGCUGUCAGCAGAAUAUUUAUGUUAACCUCAGCAGUCAACUUGUCUGACCGGCAUGUGCAGUGCAGGAGGCAUCACAUGUAAAUCUGGGCAUUCCUCACUUCCCUGUACUGACUAUAUCCUCUUCUGCCUCGACAUAUAUAAGUCUGCUGCAGCUUCUUUCAUAAACCACUGCUCUCUAACUGAUAUGCUAAAUUAAACCCUGACUGGUCAGAGGAAAUUGAGGUGAAAACAUGUCCAACAUGGUAUUUUCAGCAUUUGUUUGUUUAUUUUUUGUCUGCUGCAUCUGUUGCAGCAGAGCAAUGCCGACUUCACUCAACCAGGAGGCUGUGAAUGACAGACCUGUUAUCGGUAUUUUGACUCAGUUAGUUUCAGAUGAUGUCAUGAAGCCCUUUGGGAGGACCUACAUACCUUCCUCCUAUGUGAAAUACACUGAGUCUGGGGGCGCCAGAGUGAUGCCUAUCAAGUUGACUCUUACUACAGCUGAGUAUGAAAAUAUCUUCAAGAAGAUUAAUGGCUUGCUUUUCAUCGGGGGAGCUGUAGAUUUGGAAACAUCAGACUAUGCCAGGGUGGCGAAGAUUUUUUAUAGACUCGCUCUGAUGGCUAAUGACAGGGGGGAUUUCUUCCCCAUCUGGGGUACAUGCAUGGGAAUGCAGCUACUGACUGUUCUGGUAGCUGGUGAAAAUCUGCUGGCAAAUACCACAGCUGAGAACAUUGCGUUGCCCCUCAACCUAACCACAGAGGCACACUCCAGUAGGAUGUUUGCAGGUUUCCCCGACGAGCUUAUGAAGGCUUUGACCCAUGAAGCUCUGACUGGCAAUUUCCACCACUACGGACUUACAGUAGAGACCUUCUUGGAAAAUGAGAAACUGCACAAUUUCUUCUCCCUCUUGUCUACAAACAUUGCUAAAAACGGAGCCCACUUUGUCUCAACCAUAGAAGGUAAGAGAUAUCCCUUCUAUGGAGUACAGUGGCACCCAGAGGUGAACCGUUUUCAGUGGGACAGGAGGCUGAACUUCCCUCACUCAUCUCACGCUGUUCAGCUAUCAUCUCUACUGGCUCAGUUUUUUGUUGAUGAAGGAAGGAGAAGUUUACAUCACUUCGACAAUCCUGAGGAAGAGGACUCCUCACUGAUUUACAACUACACGCCUGUCUACGCUGGGAACUUCACAGGAUAUGAGCAGCUCUAUUUCUUCUAAGAUCAUCCGGUGGCUGGCUUUGUUUGUCACUCUGUGUGCAUGUACAACACAGCACUUCAUACACAGUUUGUUGUGCAACACACAACACUUUAGCCCAGAACUGCUGGUUUUAAUAAUAACUGGGCCUCAAAACAAAAGACUGAUUUCAGCCAUGUGCGUGCUGAUUCAGUGUAUUUUUUUAUUAUACUGAGGAGAAGUUUCUGCACCAGUGUUUUUUACACUCAGUUUAUAUAACUGUGACUGCUUUUAAAGAAAUAAAGGAUUUAAGAAAACA